UGGUACAUUUAGGUUCAAAAGCGAACCAUUAUAAAACUACCCUUCAUUCACAUUUUUUUAAGUGCCUACUUAACCACCCACAAACCUAUACUCAAACCAUAUUUCUUCCACACAAUCACACCCAUGGAUAACCAACACCAUGUCAAAGAAAUGCCCAAACAAGAAACUUUCACAAAGGUAAUAGUAAUGCCAUUUCAUGGACAAGGUCACAUAAACCAGAUUUUUGAAUUUGCAAAUCACUUAGCUUUCAAAAGCAAUGACACCAUCCACAUCACCAUCGCCACCACCACCUCUGACACACUUAAACUCAACAAAAUCUCAUCCAACAUGGAUGUUUUCACCAUCUACGACAACUCCAACGAUGAUCUUCGACUCAAUUUUUGGUCCCAUAUGGAGAAAUUCGAGUCGAAAGCUCCACUUCAACUCGUCAACCUACUCUCAACUAGCCCAAUUAGGCCAAGUUUACUAGUAUAUGAUGCCUAUCUACCAUGGGCACUAAACAUAGCCAAGCAAAAUGGGAUACUUUCAGCUGCUUUUUUUCCACACUCAUGUGCUUAUAUAGCAUCAUUUUACCCCAUUUUUGUGGAGGAAUUCAAGGAAAAUGUUGAUCAUCCUCUUAUUGUUGCAGCUAACAAGCUAGAUGGUAAUAGUCUUCCUUUUUCUUUGGUGGGUCCUACCCAAGAUGAGCUUGUUCAUGGACUCUUAACUAGACUUAAAAGUAGUGAUGAGUCUAGUAAUGGGGAUAAGAAAUUGCUUCAUCCUCUUAUUAAAAUGGUGAUAUCUUUUCUUACUAAUCUUCAUCAAGCUGAUUGGGUUCUUUUCAAUUCUUUUGAUCGUCUUGAUUAUGUGGUUUGUUUUUUAAUUUUUGUUGCCUUUUCAUUUUUGAUGGCGAAAGGAACUAACUCAAUCAAAAGUUUAAGUUGAUAGUCGUUGAGGCUAUAAGUUCAUCAAAUGGAUGGAAAAUAUAUGGAGAGUGAAGACUAUUUGACCGUUACUACCAUCUCCAUACCUCAACAAGCAUAUCGACAAAGGUUUAACCCUUACAAUCCAAGCAAUGAACCUUGCAUGACUUGGUUAAAUGCCCAACAACCUUCCUCAGUUGUGUACAUUGCUUUUGGCACAGUUGCUACUUUAAGUGAACAUCAAAUAACAGAAUUAGCACAAGCCUUAAUGCAUUUUCAGUGCAAAUUCAUGUGGGCAAUAAGAGAUAUAGAGCAAAAUAAGCUUCCUAAAGACUUAUGAAACAUUAGAUAAAGGAUUAGUGUUGCCUUGGUGCCCUCAAUUAGAUGUGUUAGCACACGAAUCAGUCGGGUGUUUUGUGACACAUUGUGGAUCAAACUUGGCUAUUGAGGCGAUGUGUUUUGGUGUUCUGAUGUUGGCAAUGCCACAUUUCAUGGAUCAAGUGCUUAAUGCUUAUUUUGUUGAUCACCAAUUGCCAUUUAGCUAAUAAGCCUGUGGAUAUCAAAGUUCCACAAGCGGUCCUUCCAGAUACUGUAUUUGAAGCGGUUGUUCAAAUUCCUUAUGAUAUGCAAUUAAAAUAAGUUUUUGCUAACGGGCAAAAGGGGGGUUUGAAUGUGGGGGCUGUUCUUAUUUUACCUAGGUAUUUAAGUUUGGGGUGUUGGAGUUAAAGCUAAGGCUAAUGAAAAGAAUUCAGUUACUCGCGAGGAAUUUACGCGAUGUUUAGAGGAAAUUAUGGAUGGAGAAAGAACAAAGAAGAUUAAAAAGAAUGUGGAAAUGUGGAAAGAAUUGGCUCAGCAGACUGUUUAUAGGAGGUAGUUCUGAUAUGAACACUGAUGAAAUUAUUGAUCGACUUGAAUCAUUUUGAUCUUAAGGUUGUAAACUCUUGGGUCAUGUUUGAAAAUUAAUUAGCUUUGUAAUGCCUGAAUUUUCAAAAAUGUUUCUAGUAUUUGGGGCGAUUGAAUCAAGAGCUCUUAAGAUGGAAAAAUUAAAUAAAAUAAGCUUCUGAGAAAAAAGUUUCUCAAAAUAAGCUUUAAAAAUUUUUAUUUCUAAAAUAAA